GCACAUACAUUUGUGUAUUUGCAGUGCGUCCACUUCUGGUAGAAAUCAGCUUCAACAAUCAGCCCAUGUCAGCUGACCGUAAAUACGAGAUUGAAUGCCAGGCAAUCGGAUCAAGGCCGCCGGCGAAAAUUACCUGGUGGAUGGGCAAUCUGGAGAUGCACGGCCACAGCCAGAAGGUCACCGAGGAUGGAAAUGCCAGCACCUCCAUACUCUCCAUCACCCCAACGCGGGAGGACCACGGCAAAGCGUUGUCCUGUCGCGCCACCAACGAGCUGGUGCGCAACGGCAUAAGAGAGACGGCCAUGAAACUGAAUGUCUUCUGUGAGUACUCCACGAAUUUGUGA